UAACAGUACACCGUCACCCACUCCCUCGAACGUGCUUCGUCCGCUUUUUUUUUACCUGUCUUUCUUUGUAAAUUCAACGAAAAAAAUCUCGCUCUCAACUCAGAUAUUUCUGCCGAAGAAUCUCUUGCUCUCUCGGAAUCCGACCACGCGCCGUCACCGCGCUCUGCUCUCUACUCCUCUUCGGUUUCAAUCUUCUGGCCUACUUCCGAUCUGGUUCACCACCGGAGAGGAGACCGUCGAAAACACUCGGCGGAACUGGCGACCACCGCGAUGACGGAGCCGCCGGAAAAUUGUCUCUCGUCGUCAGUGAAAUCCGGCGAAGUUCGUGCGAGUAGUUUGCAAGAGGCUGUCGGUGAGAAUGGCGGUGGCGAGAAAGAAGUGGAGAGCAGAGAUUUUAGUGACGGUGAUAGAUUAGGAGUGGAAAGCGGAGAAGAUAGAAUAGGAGAUGGUCCGAUGAAUAACAGUGGCGUAAACUCACCAGGAACUUCUGACAGGAGUGGCGUUAAGAUAAACACAUUGCCAACGGAAAUAUCAAAUUUUGACAAAGUAGAAUCGAGUGCAGGUCUGCUUAAGUUAGAAAGGUCGAAAACUGAAAGGCAUAGACAUAAUAACAAUAGCCUACGUUCCGAAGAUGCAACACAAAUCUUUGAUGACAAACUUUCAGUUGAGCAGAAGAUUAAAUUGUUGAAUAGAAUAGCUACUUUGAAAGAUGAUGGAACUGUGGAAUUUGAAGUUCCAGGAGACGUUGAUCCCCUAUCACUUACUUCUGGACCCGAACAUACUCACACUGAAUCUAUUGAUUAUGAGCCUCCUGAGGCAACUGACCUUCAAUAUAUACCACCACUGCAGAUUGUAAUGCUUAUUGUUGGCACACGUGGAGAUGUUCAGCCAUUUAUUGCAAUUGGCAAGCGUUUACAGGACUAUGGCCAUCGUGUUAGAUUAGCAACUCACUCAAAUUUCAAAGAGUUUGUCUUGACAGCUGGAUUGGAGUUUUACCCUUUAGGCGGUGACCCAAAAGUUCUUGCUGGUUAUAUGGUUAAAAAUAAAGGUUUCUUGCCAUCAGGACCAUCUGAGAUACCUGUGCAAAGAAAUCAAAUGAAGGAAAUUAUAUACUCUCUACUUCCAGCUUGUAAAGAACCUGAUAUGGAUUCUGGUAUUCCGUUUAAAGCAGAUGCAAUCAUUGCAAACCCCCCAGCCUAUGGGCAUACACAUGUGGCAGAAGCACUAAAAGUACCGAUUCAUAUAUUUUUCACAAUGCCCUGGACCCCAACUAGUGAAUUCCCACAUCCUUUGUCCCGUGUCAAGCAACAAGCUGGAUAUAGACUGUCCUAUCAAAUUGUGGACUCUUUGAUUUGGCUGGGAAUACGGGACAUGAUUAAUGAUGUUCGCAAAAAGAAGCUGAAACUUCGUCCUGUCACAUAUUUAAGUGGCUCACAAGGGUCAACAGAUUCAGACAUUCCUCAUGGAUAUAUAUGGAGUCCCCACCUGGUUCCCAAACCAAAAGAUUGGGGUCCAAAAGUAGAUGUUGUGGGUUUCUGUUUCCUUGAUCUUGCAUCAAAUUACGAACCUCCAGCGGAACUUGUAAAAUGGCUUAAAGCUGGUGAAAAACCAAUUUAUAUUGGAUUUGGUAGCCUUCCUGUUCAAGAGCCAGAAAAAAUGACCCAAGUAAUUGUGGAUGCACUCGACAAAACUGGACAAAGAGGGAUCAUCAACAAAGGCUGGGGUGGCCUUGGGAACUUGGCUGAACCCAAAGACUCCAUAUACUUGCUGGACAAUUGCCCUCACGACUGGCUCUUUUUACAAUGCAAGGCUGUGGUGCAUCACGGAGGUGCAGGAACAACGGCUGCUGGUCUAAAAGCUGCGUGUCCCACAACCAUUGUACCUUUCUUUGGGGACCAACCUUUCUGGGGAGAACAAGUACAUGCUAGAGGUGUAGGUCCUGCACCUAUCCCUGUAGAUCAAUUUUCACUUCCAAAGCUAAUUGGUGCGAUAAAAUAUAUGAUCGACUCCAAGGUGAAAGAACGUGCUGUUGAGCUCGCCAAGGCCAUGGAGGAUGAAGAUGGUGUGACAGGAGCAGUGAAAGCCUUCUUUAAGCAUCUUCCUCGAAAGAAACCUGAGCCAGAGCCAGAAUUGGUGCCACCAACUUUUUUCUCUAUAAGUAAAUGUUUCGGUUGUGCCUAAAUCUCAAGUUCCCUGUUGACUGUCCUUUUUCAUUGAUUUUACCUGGUCAUAAUGUUACAGUUUUUACAAUUCUCCACCUCUUU